AUGGGCAAGGCGGGGAGUAAAGUCCCGAGGGAGACGCCUGUGGACGGGGUGCAAGCGCCGACGCCCCCUGCUGCUGCGGCUGCUCCUGCUGCCACCGUUAAGUUUGAGGGACUCACAAAAAGCAGCAGGAUGAAGGUGAAGUGGACCCAGCUGGGGUUGGUCUUCUUCCUGGUCCUGUCCCUGGUGAUGACCGGAUGCUUCUUCUGGCAGUACCAGCUGCCCAAGGUCCUGCAGGACGAGGGGAUGGGUCGCAGCGCCAAGGCAGAGAUGAUAUGUCCUCGCUUCCCGGAGCCCCUCCCGCUGGAGCAUCCCCUCCCCAGUCUGAAAGAGGCCCUGGAAAAGGUGGACACUUUGCUUCGGCAGAGCAUCAACCCAGUCAGCCUUCCCGCUCUGUCGGCCAUCGUGAUUUUAAACGACACCGUUUUAUGGACCGGCAACUUCGGCAAGAGGAACAGCAGCGACCCUCUCUCAGGCUCCCCCAAUGAGUACACCAUCUACAGAAUUGCCAGCUUAUCCAAAAUCUUCCCGACGCUGAUGCUGUACAAACUGUGGGAGGAAGGGAAGAUCGGCUCCCUCGAUGACCCCCUGGAGAAGUACGUGGAGAACUUCACCAUCAAGAACCCUCUGGGGAAGUCACGCGACUCGGAGCUGAAAUACGUGACAGAUGGUCUGAUAUUUCUGGACAGUGGGGAGGUUCAGAUCCGCUCGUCCUCCGUCACCCUGCGCAGGAUGGCCAGCCAGCUCUCAGGCCUGCCCAGGAGACUCCGGGCAACAAAUCUGCUUUGGAAAGGAAAAACACAAUCUGCAAUCAAUCUGUUGCAGGACGAUGUGCUCGUCGCAGACCCAGGCACCAAAUGUCACUACAGCAACCUCGCCUUCUCUCUGCUUGCUCACGUGAUGGCCGAGCGGGUGGCCGGCGUCGACUACCAGCGCUGGAUCGCAGACAACAUCCUGGACCGGCUGGGAAUGGAGGACACGGGCUUCGACAUCACCCCCGGGCUGCAGAGUCAAAUGGCUGUAGGCGUGUACACCAACGGGAAGCCGGCUCCGCUCUACGACCUGGGCUGGUACCGGCCUUCGGGUCAGAUGUUCUCCACGGCGGCGGACAUGGCCAAACUUGCCAUGAUGCUGCUGGGCGCGUAUCACCGCAAGCUGCUGGAGCCAGACUCUCUGAAGAUCAUGUUGAUGCCACUCCUCAGGUGCGAUAAGGACUACUUCGCCAACCGCACCGGGACACCGUGGGAGGUGAACGAGCUGAUGGGCUACGAGAUGAUGAGGAAAGAUGGCGAUCUGGACGGGUACUCUGCCACCUUCUCCCUGGUUCCCAGGCUGAAGCUAGGGCUUGUGGUGCUCAUGGCUGGCGGCAGGUCUCAGAACCAGGAUGUGGUCACCAAAGCCUACAGCCACAUCAUCCCAGCCAUAGAAAAAGCCUUCAGGGAGGCAAAGAAGAUCCUCUUUGCUCCGCCAAACCCAGACCCUUACAUCGGCUUCUUCACCUACGGCAACAUCACUUUCUAUGAAAUCAAAGUGGGGUCGGACGGCGUCCUCAUCAUGCAGCAGUUUGGGCCUCAGAUCGAAGAGCUGAUCCCCGAAAAGUUCAGAACAAUAAAGCUCAACUACCUGGUCGACCGGGUCUUCAGAGUGGUGUUUGAGAAAGAGUACCCUUGUGUUCUGCAGGUCGGCUCGGCCUCGGUGUCCCUGGAAGCCCAGGAUGGUCAAUUAUUUAACUUCUACACGUUUGACAAGCGUGGUCUUUCCACUGGGUUCGACGCUCCGGGUCUGAAUACGUAUAAUGUGGUCAGAAUAGCCCGCAAGCCGUCCUUCUCAAGCUGA